UUUUGUAAUUGAUUUGAAUUAAUUUGUUUAUAAUAACUGUUUUUGAAACACUAUUAUCAACUAUCAGAUCCUAUUCCCAACUAUUUUUAGUUUGAUUUUGAAUACAAUGGGAAAGAAAGAGAAGGCAAAACGUAUCCCAUCGGACGCACCGACAGCUCUAAUCGCACCAUCAGAUUAUGAGCACAUAUACAAAGGACAGAAAAGUAACACUAAAGGAAAGGGAGGAACGGCUGCCAAACGCAUUCCAUCGGACGCACCGACGGCACUGAUUGCUCCAUCAGAUUAUGAGCACAUAUACAAAGGCGAAAAGGGAUCCAAAAAGGGUGGCGGAGGUAGCGGUAAAUCUAAACGUAUCCCAUCCGACGCACCGACGGCACUGAUUGCUCCUUCAGAUUAUGAGCACAUAUACAAAGGCGAAAAGGGAUCCAAAAAAGGUGGCGGAGGUAGCGGUAAAUCUAAGCGUAUCCCAUCCGAUGCACCUACAGCUUUGAUUGCUCCCUCAGAUUAUGAGCACAUAUACAAAGGCGAAAAGGGAUCCAAAAAGGCUGGCGGAGGUAGCGGUAAAACUAAACGUAUCCCAUCCGACGCACCCACAGCUUUAAUUGCUCCUUCAGAUUAUGAGCACAUAUACAAAGGAGAAAAGGGAUCCAAAAAGGGUGGCGGAGGUAGCGGUAAAUCUAAGCGUAUCCCAUCCGACGCACCUACAGCUUUGAUUGCUCCUUCAGAUUAUGAGCACAUAUACAAAGGCGGCAACAAAUCUAAAGUACCGGCCAAACGGCUGCCAUCGGACGCACCAACAGCUCUGAUCGCACCAUCAGAUUAUGAACACAUCUACAAAGGCGCCACACGUACAGCACAAGGUGGUGGUCGUACCGGUGCUGAACAGAUACCCAAUUCUGUGGUUAAACUAAUCGACGAUUAUGUUCAACAACAACCCAAACAAUAUGACCACAACUGA